GGGAAAAAAAACUUAACUUGUACCAAAUCCAUCGGUGAAUACACACAGAUUGGUAUUAGGGUUCUUUUCAAACUUUGGGUCCAUUAUGGCUAGAGCUUUAGUUCAUUCAAUAAACAUUCCAUCUUCCGUUGCGAAUGAAAGGGAUGAACAAUUCAAUGGAUCUCAGAAAAAUCAAACAAGUUUUAGAAUGACGUGUGAUGUAAAAUUUCCUUCUUUCAAGCUGAAAAGUUCUGUAGGACUGCGAGCCUGCAAUGCAUUAGAUGCAAAAUCUGGAGAAACUCUCGUGGCAGCUGAAACUUUUGUAAAAGGGUCUCGAAUUGUUCCAAAAGCAAUGUCUGAUGAAGCAGUAAUUGCACAAAAUGAGGCCAUGCGACUAGGUCACAAUUUAAUUGGAACAGAACAGAUUCUGUUGGGUCUUAUAACUGGUAUUGCUGCUAAGGUUCUUAAAUCCAUGGGAAUUAAUUGGAGAGAUGAUGCUCGUAUUGAAGUAGAGAAGAUUAUUGGCAAGGGGCAUAAUUACGAACACUUGCUACUUGAAUUGUUGCGCGGUGGUAAAGGUAUGGCUGCUCGUGUUCUUGAAAACUUGGGUGCUGAUGACCUCAAUAACAUUUACAAUCAGGUCUUAAGGAUGGUUGGCAAGAGUAAUGUGGGUGUUGCUGCUAGUGUUGGAGGUGGAACUCCUGGCCCAAAUAUUUUUUUUUUGAUAUGGUUGAUAUUGAACAAAGUAUUCAAGUGUUAAUCUUUAUGUAGGACCUAAUUUCUGUUUUAGCUCUUUGCUGUUUAUUUGCUUAUUAGGAUGGUAGAUUAUCUAUUACUUCUAUGAGACGUAGUUUUAAUGGUAA